CAUUGUUAAAAUUCUACCGAGCGGACUUUCUGCUAAAAGAUUUUGAAUCUCUUAGUGAUACGAUGAUUUAUUUCGAAAUAAUUUUAUCAUCUCGUUUUUUCGCUGUUAGUAUGCGUACCUGAUACUUAUGAUAUUCCGUGUAGGUGAAGCAGAUGCAAUUAGACAAUCUUUAAAAGAUGUGGGUAAAUCCAUACAUCUUGUAGCCGGCAAGCGGCGAAGAUACUAGACGCAUACUAUAUUCAAUGGAGUGGACUGUAUUCUUGUGAUUUUUCGCUUGAAGUAGAUUUUACCGUAUCUUCGAUUUGCGAGAAAAUUUUUAUUCCGAGUCUAGUUAAGUGUGUAAUCUCUACAGCGUAUAUCAUAUCAUGGCCUCGUCAAAUAGAAGAAUUCAAAUCGGCUCUGCUUGGUUUCAAACAAAGAUUAACCUAAGGCCACAGCAUCGAGGUAUCCAUCACGUUACCGAGGAAAUCUUAAGAAGAAUUCCUGAACUCUGCGAAUUUUCAGUCGGACUUUGUCAUAUACAAAUUCUUCACACAUCAGCAAGUUUAGCAUUAAAUGAAAAUUGGGAUCCAGAUGUUAGAGAUGAUGUAGAAAUGAUGCUUAAUACAAUAGUUCCUGAAGGUUUGCCCUAUAAACACAGUUGUGAAGGACCAGAUGAUAUGCCAGCGCAUAUAAAGGCAUGUUUUCUGGGCUCUUCAUUGAGUAUUCCAAUUACUGAUGGCAAAUUGACUUUGGGUACGUGGCAAGGAAUUUGGUUGUGUGAACAUCGUAAUGAUGCUGGAAGUCGCAAAGUAGCUAUUACAUUGACGGGUUGUCUCAGGGAUCCUGCACGUAGUCCUUUGAGCCCUGUUAGUCCUAUUGCUUCUACUAGCAGCUAGGACCACUCACACCCCCAAAGGCGUAGCAAACGUCAGCUGCGCAUAUCUACAUCCAGUGAUUCAAGCUAGCAGCUGCUUAACCUUAGACAAAUUCUAAGAGUAUAAUUCAGAAAAGAGUGUAUGGAUACUUCAAAAAUAUAUAAAUAUUACAUUUUCUUAUAUCCACUCAUUAUCACAAAUUUCCAGCAUUUUUUAUAAUGGCAUAACUUGUAAAAUCAUAAAAUUAAUUGACAAUAUUUAUUAAUAUUCUUAUGCUUAUCUCAUAUAUCUUAUAUUUUUUUACAUAUAAAUAUAAUAUAUUUAUUACUUAUAUUUGAAUAAGUACAUAAACAUUUAGUAAAUGUACAUUUUAUGAUUUUAUUUAGAUUAUAUAGAGACAUUUCUCUUUAAACUGAGUUAACAGUAACUAUCCAAAAAUGUGGUUCAUUGAAUAUAUAAUGUUGUUCAGUACUUAUAAACUGCCAAGGCAAUUGUAUAUUACAUGCAUUCAGAAAUAAAUAUAAACGAAUUAUAAGUAUCCUGCACUCUUUAUCGCUCUUAGAAAAUUAAUGUAAUGCAUUCCGAUAUAAUGCGUCCAAUACUCCGAAUUUAAUUACAUAGCUUUAUUUAAAUAAUUCUUUUGUAAAAAAAAAGAUUGAUAAAGAAAAUGGCAUUAAUAAUUGCUCAGCUGAGACCUUACAUCACUUUUUAUAAUAUGUAAGAAAAUCUCAGCUUGAGUAUGUGCAAUAUGUUAUAACUUUCUAACUCACUGCUUAUCAUAGGGUAGGCAUUUUUAAUGACGUUUCCAAUGCAUUUGGGGGUGUAUAUAGGUUACAAUCAACACUUCUUUGCUGUGCUAAUAUAUUUCUGCUAGAAAUAUCCACAUAAGUUAUAUUAAUAGUAACAAUAUCAAACUAUGCAAAUAAUGAUUUAGACUUAUUACAUUGUUAGGUAUUUACUGAUAAAAAUAUUCUAGAAACUUAAUUAAUCUAAUUAAAACAUAAAAUGUCAUCUAGAAAUGUAGCACUGCAAAGAGUUGUAAUAAAAAUUACUUACAAUGUUACUAAAAUAACCAAAGCUUAUCAUGGGAGCUUGUUAAUGUAUCUAAUGUACUGUAAAGCAAGCAGUCGAUGUUAGUUGUUAAUCUUUCUCAUAUAUAGCAUAAAUGGUCGUCCAUUAUGAUUAAUGAAUAUGCUUUAAUGUGAAGUAUCCAAUGCAAUUCAUAUAGCUUAAAUAUUAAUAGCUCAAAAAUAUAAAACUAUCAAAAAUUAUGAUAAAUUUUUAGCAAGUUAUACAUUCUUUUCUCAUAAAGAAAUAUAUGGAACAAGUUGGUAUACUUCGUCAUAUAACAUUAAAGAUUUGAAAUUCAUCUGUGAAUUCAAUUUUAAUUUUGUUAAUAUGCUCAACAAUCCAAAUUAUUGAAUAUGUAAAAUUUAUAAAUAUAAUGAAAAUGAUUAUAAUAUCUAAGUUUAUAGAAAUCAAUAUUAUAUUUGGUAACUGAUAUAAUUCAUAGCAAUUUGCUAUUAAUCAAUUCACCUACCAAGUUCAUUUCAUAAAUUAAAUGAUUGAAAAUUAUUAUAUCUACAAGAUAAUUACCGUAAACAAUAAUAUACUAUAUAUAUAUUUUAUAAUAUAUUAAUAUAUAUAAAUAUAAUUAAUCUCAUCUCAACAUUUGAAGAUAAUCAUUUAAUUUUCUGAUAAACUUUUAUUUUUUCUGGCAAAAUAGUAAUCAUUGUUUAAACUAUAAUUAAAGAAGUGCAUAUAUAUUUGUUUUAAAGUAUGUACAUUUGUUUUCAGUUGGCACAUAUCCAAAUUUUUAAUAUUAUGUAAAACACAUGUAUAGUGAUUAUCUCAUAAUCGUUGUUAUUAUAACAAAUCUACAAAUUUGACAAAUUUAUAAAUUUUCAAAUCAUUGAUUUUAAUUUUUAAAAUAAAAAAUUUAAGCUGUAUAUUUAUCACAUGUCUUAUAAAAAAAUUAAUAUCUAUAUAAUUGAAGUUAAACUUUUACUAAGCAAUUAUAAGCAGCAUUUAUAAAAUGUUACUUUCCAUUUAUACAUGCAACAUAUUCCCAUGAAUGAUUUCCCAUUUUCUAAGGAAAGUUGUUUUAUAUUGCUACGAAAGUAAAUGUUAGAAACAUUGACAUAAUAUAAUUGUAUGUACAAUUUGCAAAGUUGUGUUCUAAGAUUUGUUUGGUAUUUUCCUAUCUAUAUAAAAAAAUACUUAUAAUAAAUCUUUAAUUUACUAAUAAAUAAUUUUUGAUUAUGUCUAUAUUUUGCAGUGUAACAUUAUAUAGUGGAUGAUUUAAUGAAAGUGUUAACAAAAGGUGUUAAUAUAAUUUAAUGUAAAUAUUUCAUACAUUUACAUUUUUUCAAACUGUUUUGUGAUUUAUUUACAAGGUAAUUAAAAAGUUUUAGUAUUUAUAAUAUUAUUAUAAUAGCAUAAUUAGCAUCAAAAUUUAAACUUAAUAUUUGGAAAAGUAAAAAAUUGUAUUUGCAUAUUUAAUUGAAAAUCAGAUAUUUUUAUGCCUUGAUUAUGAGAUAAACAACAUCACAGUUUUCUAAAUAUUUAAGUUAUUCGAUAUUUAUAAAAUUUUCUAGAUAUAUAAAAUAUUAGUUUUUAUUUAGCUGGAUAUAGUGGACCUAUAAUAACAAAUUAUAGAAAACUAAUACAUUAGGAUUAUACAGUAUAUAAUAAAUAUUAUUAUACAUUAAAUUUAAAGUUAUUAAAUGUACAUAUAAAAUUAUAUUUUUAAGUGAAAAGUAUAGUAAGAAUACCAUAUUAUGAUCAAAUGUAAUGAAGUUUAAAUGCAAAUAUGAUAAUUGUAUAAUAUCCCUAAAAUGUAGUAUAUAAAAUUGUUUAUAUAAAAUAAAUACAAUGACUUCUUAUGCA